AUGAUUAAAAAUCUUGAUGGAAGUGGUACGGAAUAAUCAAAAUAAAUAAAUAAAUAAAAUAAAUUUUCUAUUUUUUAUUACAAGCUCUAACUUUUAGCUCCGAUUUAUCUCUUUUUUAGAUAAAAUAAAAUUUAAAAUAAAAAAUAAAUAUAAAAAAUAAUUAAAUAAAUAAAAAAAUAAAUAAAUAAAAUUAAUUAAAUAAAUAAUAAUAAAAAAGCAAAUAAAUAAUAAAAAUAAAAGCAAACAAAUAAAAAAUAUAUAAUAAAUAAUGAAUAAUAAAAAUUUAAAUAAACACUAAAUAAAGUAAAUAAUAAAAAAUAUUAAAGGAAAGAAUAAAUAAAAAAUUUUAAGAAUAUUAUUUUUUAAUUUCUAUUGAUGAUUAAAGCCUGA